ACGGCGUCCGGUUAGAUUCGCUCGAAGUUUCAUAAAAAAAUUUCUGUCGCCGCCUUCCCAUUUAUUAAUUUUCUUGUCAGUCAAUGUUUGAUCUUUCUCCCGAAGAUUGUCUUCUUCCUCCCUCGAUAGCUCCAUCCUCUUCUUGCUCCUAUUCCAGUCGUUUUUUUCCAACCUAAAAACCCUAUACAUACCCUUCAAUCCCGGAGAACUGCACCGAUCGGAGUCGAAUCGAAGAUGGGAAAAGGAUUGCUUGAUCUAGAGAAGCAUUUCUCCUUCUACGGGGCGUAUCACAGCAACCCUGUGAACGUUCUCAUCCACACCUUAUUCGUUUGGCCCAUCUUCUUUACCUCCCUCAUCCUCUUCUACUUUACCCCUCCUUUCCUCCAUAUCCCCGUCUUCGGCGGCUUCGACCUUAAUUUUGCCUUCAUCUCCGUUGUCUUCUACUCACUCUUCUACAUCGCACUGGAUAAGAAGGCCGGAUCGCUCGCCGCUCUCCUCUGCUUCCUCUGCUGGUUCGGAAGCCAAGCCCUCGCUGCAGCUCUCAGCUUCUCCCUGGCCUGGAAGGUAGUUCUUGCUGCUCAGUUGAUCUGCUGGAUUGGGCAAUUCAUAGGCCAUGGAGUAUUCGAGAAACGAGCACCAGCUCUUCUUGACAACCUUUCUCAAGCAUUUCUAAUGGCCCCAUUCUUUGUCUUGCUUGAGGUACUCUUUCCCAUCUACCUUUUUUUUUCCCUCUUAAUUUGUUGAGAAUAUUCUGAUCCUAAUUUGAUUUGGCUGA